GCAUCUUUGUCUGCACAGAGAAGCUCCGGGCUUCCCUGCCUGCCUGCCUGCACCGACACAGCAACAUCUAAAGAUAAGAAGACUAUCCUUUCUGAAGAUAGAGGUCGCAUAUUCAUCUACCGCAUUCAUCUAAGCUCAAUUUAGGAUUUUCUCGCUUUCUCCGUUGUGCUUGCUGUUUUGCCUGGUUGGAAUAAUCAAACCCUCCCUGUAUCCAUGUGUCGGAUCGCCGGAUGAUGUACAGGAUAUUGGGAUGCUGACAAGAGAGGAGACUGAGCCUAGGCUACAUGCCUAGCUAACCCAUGGAGAACUGAUAGGAACAGUGCUGAAUGGAGGCCAAGACACUGGAUGGCGAAGACGAGGAAGCACACUGUAUUGUGGAUUAGUUGUAUUGUUUGUUCUAAAUGCAAACCAUUCUGCAAUGCGUCUCAAUUGCUAAGAGAUGGCAAAAAGAAUCAAGAUAGACAGUCAAGGAUAAACAAACUCCUGUACUGCACAUGAGAGUUGCAGUCUCAUUUCUGCUAAUUUUGCAGUGAUUUAAAUAAAGAAAGGAAAAACUUAAAGACUGCAUAACUUCUGAUAGGAUUAGAAACCACGCAGGAGCCAACUGUAGAUAGCAGAUAGCAACCAACAUGGGCAGCUGUAAAAGCAAGGUAUCCUGGAUUUUGUUCUUAGCCGGUUUGGUGCUAACGGGAAUAGCUUUGGAAUAUGAGGGAAUACCUGGUCAGUGGACACGGUAUGGUCAGUGGGAUGCUAAGACAACAGGUGAGCUUAGCUUUAUCAUAAAAACCAACAUCAGCAAAGCCCUGGUGCUCUAUCUAGAUGACGGGGGAAACUGCGACUUCUUGGAGCUUUUGAUUGUUGGGGGAAGAGUCCAGAUGCGCUUCACUAUCCAUUGUGCAGAACCAGCCUCCCUGCACACAGAAACGCAUAUCAACGAUCAACGAUGGCACAGAGUCAUUCUUGCUCGUAACUACAGAGAGACCAGACUGGUGGUGGACAAUGAGGAGAAAGUCGCAGAGGUGAAGUCGAAGAGAAAAGAGAUGGUUGUGGCGAGUGACCUCUACGUUGGGGGGAUUUCACCUGAUGUGCGCCUCUCUGCACUUACUUCCAGCACAGUAAAAUACGAGCCACCAUUUCAGGGCUUUAUAGCUAAUUUAAAAGUGGGGGAGGCGCUACCAGUUCUGCUGGAUGGUCAAGCUGUGCAUAAUGAUUUGGAGUACAUAUGUGGCACAAACUCUCCCUGCAGCAACAAAGGCCUUUGCUCUGUCAGCCAAGGAGAGAUCCUCUGUGACUGUAUCAAUACCAGCUACAGAGGAAGGUACUGCCAUGAAGCUAUCCAGAGAGAAGUUCAAGGUCUGGCGCACCUGAUGUUAAACCGCCAAGUUUUUCGCCAAGGGCAGGAAGAAUCAGUGGCCACUUUCAAAGGCAACGAGUUUUUCAGCUACAACCUGUCCCAGACUCCCAUUCAGAGUAGUUUGGAUGAGAUCACGCUGUCCUUCCGCACCCUGCAGAGGAACGGCCUGCUGCUUCACACGGGAAAGUCAGCUGACUACGUCAACCUAUCCCUGAGGAAUGGAGCUCUGUGGCUGGUCAUCAACCUGGGAUCUGGUGCCUUUGAAGCUCUGGUGGAACCUGCCAGUGGAAAGUUUAAUGACAAUGUCUGGCACGAUGUGCGAGUGACACGCAAUCUCCGUCAGGUGACAAUCUUGGUAGAUGGGAUUCUCACCACCACUGGCUAUACUCAGGAGGACUACACCAUGCUGGGCUCUGACGAUCUCUUCUACAUAGGGGGCAGUCUAAACACGGCUGACCUGCCAGGCUCCCCGGUCAGCAAUAACUUCAUGGGCUGCCUGAAAGAUGUGGUCUACAAGAAUAAUGAGUUUAGACUGGAACUGUCACAGCUGGCUGAACAGCGGGACCCCAGGAUCAGUAUCCAUGGUGACCUGAUAUUCAGCUGCGAGAAUGUGGAAGCCUUGGAGCCUGUCACCUUUGACACGCCGUCUGCGUACUUGACAUUGUCCAGGUGGAACACAAAGAAGACAGGUGCAAUUUCUUUUGACUUCCGCACUACAGAACCCAACGGUCUGCUGUUGUUUAGUCACGGCAGUCUGCAGGGUACCCUACCUGACAGGAAGCCCCGAGCUGACUUCUUCGCUAUAGAACUGCUGGAAGGAGCUCUCUAUCUUGUGAUGGACAUGGGCUCUGGCAGUAUUAAAAUCAAAGCCAGUAACAAGAGACUGGAUGAUGGCGAGUGGUGCCAUGUGGACUUCCAAAGAAAGGGGCGGAAUGGCUUUAUCUCAGUGAACAGCCAGAGCAUCCCCUUCACUGCUAAUGAAGGCAGUGAGAUCCUCGACCUAGAUGGAGACAUGUAUCUUGGAGGUUUACCUGAAGAUCGCCAAGCCCUUAUUCUGCCCCCUGAGGUGUGGUCAGCUUCCCUUGGCUUUGGCUUUGUGGGCUGUGUCAGGGACCUCUUUAUUGACGGGCAGAGUCGGAACCUGUGGAGGUUGGCAGAGGUUCAAAGUGCCACAGGUGUCAGCAGUUUCUGCACCAGGGAGACUCAUGUGAGGUGUGCCAGAGACACAUGCGCCAAUGGGGGACACUGCAGAGAAGGUUGGAACCGCCACAUUUGUGACUGCAAUGGCACCGACUAUCUAGGGCUCAACUGUGAGAAGGAGGCCACCACAGUAAGCUACGAUGGCAGCAUGUAUCUGAAGGUGCUGCUGCCAAGGACGCUGCACACAGAGGCCGAGGAUCUGUCCCUGCGCUUUAUGUCCCAGAGGGCUUUUGGAUUGCUGAUGGCCACCACAUCCCAGCAGUCAGCAGACACCCUGCGUGUGGAGCUAGACGGAGGCAGAGUGAAGCUCACUGUGAACUUGGAUUGUAUCAGGAUAGACUGUAAUCUCAGCAAGGGACCAGAGAUUCUCCUUGUAGGCGAGAAGCUGAAUGACAAUGAGUGGCACACAGUGCAGGUGAUGCGGCGUGGGAAGAACUUGCAGCUAUCUGUAGACAAUGUGACAGUAGAAGGCCAUAUGAUCGGCGGACACACCCGACUGGAGUUCAACAACAUUGAGACAGGGAUCAUGACGGAGCGGCGCUUCAUCUCAGUGGUGCCAUCCAAUUUCAUUGGCCAUCUCCAAUCCCUUUCCUUCAACGGAAUCCUCUAUCUGGAUCAGUGCAAGAAUGGAGACAUCUCCUACUGCGAGCUGAAUGCCCGAUUUGGCAUGAGGCAUAUUGUUGCCAAUCCUGUAACUUUUCUAACUCAAGCCAGCUACCUGGCCUUUUCCACUUUGCAGGCCUAUGCUUCCAUGCAUCUUUUUUUCCAGUUCAAGACUACCAGUCCCGAUGGUCUGAUACUUUACAACUCUGGAGAUGGUAGUGACUUUAUUGUGGUGGAGUUGGUCAAAGGGUACAUUCACUAUGUUUUUGACUUGGGAAAUGGACCAUCGCUAAUGAAGGGAAACUCAGACAAGCCCCUCAAUGACAACCAGUGGCACAAUGUGGUGAUUUCACGCGACAACAACAAUGUACAUGUCUUGAAAAUUGAUUCCCGCACUGUCACCCAACACGCCAAUGGUGCCCGCAACCUGGAUUUAAAAGGAGAGCUGUACAUUGGAGGUGUUGGGAAGAGCAUGUACAGCAGUCUGCCUAGGUUGAUAGCAUCCAGGGAGGGAUAUAAGGGCUGCCUGGCAUCUGUGGACUUGAAUGGAAGACUCCCUGACCUACUGGUAGAUGCCCUCCACAAGGUGGGAGAUGUGGAGCGUGGCUGUGGAGGUCCCAGCACAACCUGCACAGAGGACUCCUGCCACCAUCAAGGUGUGUGUCUACAGCUGUGGGAGGGCUUUUCCUGUGACUGCACCAUGACCACCUACGGGGGACCUUUCUGCAGUGACCCUGGGACCACAUAUAUCUUUGGUAAAGGAGGGGCUCUCAUCACGUUCACCUGGGCUCCCAAUGAACGACCGAGCACCCGAGCCGAUCGAUUAGCCGUGGGCUUCAGCUCUCAGCAGAAGGACGCCAUCUUGGUGCGAGUGGAGAGCACCCAUGGACUCGGAGACUAUCUUCAGUUACACAUUGAUCAAGGAAAGAUUGGUGUAAUCUUCAAUGUAGGAACAGAUGACAUCACCAUUGAUGAGCCUGCUGUCAUUGUAAAUGAUGGCAAGUACCAUGUUGUGCGCUUCACACGCAGUGGUGGCAAUGCCACACUCCAGGUGGACAAUCAUCCUGUCAUAGAACGUUACCCACCAGGACACUAUGAUAAUGAACGACUGGCUAUUGCUAGGCAAAGAAUCCCAUACAGACUUGGUCGGGUAGUUGACGAGUGGCUACUCGAUAAAGGGAGACAGUUAACCAUCUUUAACAGCCAAGCAGCUAUUAAAAUUGGUGGUAAUGACAAGGGGCGACCUUUCCAGGGUCAGAUUUCAGGGCUGUACUACAACGGUCUCCAGGUGCUUAAACUGGCAGCAGAAAACGAUCCCAGCGUACAGGUGGAAGGGAACCUGCGCCUGGUCGGGGACUCGCACUCCGUUUUGACCACAGAUACAACUUCUGCCACGCCGCUGGCAGUGUCUGAUAUGUCUACCACAAUCAUGGAAACCACUACCACGAUGGCUACUACCACCACCCGCAGGCAACGUUCACCCAGCUUGAGGGAGAGCAUCUCAAAGCCUCAGAGCUCUGAUGAUAUUUUGGUGGCAUCAGCUGAGUGUCCAAGUGAUGAUGAGGACCUGCAAGAGUGUGAACCGGGAACAGGAGGUGAAUUAGUGUUGCCUAUAAUAACAGUGGAUUCCCUUGAGCCCCCAUCCAUCGCCACCCGUUACCCCGUCAUUCCUCCUCCUCCUACCCUCCUUUCCCCUCUUGAAACCACCAAAGAGUCUAUGAUUCUCCCUCCUCACCCUUCCUGCCCCCCGGACCAGGAGGACUGUGGUGACCCUGUGGAGGUCUCGGCCUUCGGCUCCGGGGAAAUGACGGAAUCUGACGAUGAGGACUUUUACAAUAAGAACUCCCCCAUGGUCACUGACAGGACAGUCCUUCCUCCACCUCCCGCCGCUGGUGAGGGUGGAGUCCAGAAACCCCGUCCCUUACCUCCUUUUGUUCCCACCACCAAUCCCGACCAGCUCCACAUUCCUGCAGGCAAAAUGAACACCCGUGACCAGGUGCUUCUGCCCCCUGCUCCUCCAUCCUCUCGAAACACACCAGGACUAACUUACCCCCCCAAUUUUCCCCAUGUGCCCACAGCCAAUCCCACAGCCUCUGACGAAAAGAGCCAGCCUGGUGCCGUGGAGGUGAUCAGGGAGUCCAGUAGCACCACAGGGAUGGUGGUUGGUAUCGUGGCUGCUGCUGCACUCUGCAUUCUUAUCCUCCUCUAUGCCAUGUAUAAGUACCGGAACCGGGAUGAGGGCUCCUACCCAACAGACCAGACCCACAGUUUUGCCAACUCCACUGUGGAGGGCAACGGAGCAGUGGUCAAAGACAAAAGCACAGCUACAACAUCUGUCGCAAAGGCCAUCACAAAGGGCAAAAAGAACAAAGACAAAGAAUACUAUGUCUGAAAUUAUAGAGGAAAAGUAGGCAGGUGUGGACUGAGACAAGAGGAUGAGAGAGGAUGCUGUUGUUUUGCUACCCAAAUUUGUAAUUUGUCACGUUGACCAUCGAAUUCACAGGCCACAAAAAAAGUUAAAAAAAAAACAACAAAGAAAAAAUAAAAAAAAACAACUGCACAAAGCAAAUAUAUAUUGCUUUUACAUGUUUCCAAAAGUUGCCCAGCUCCCAGUACUGAUAAAUUCUUCUCUGUGACACAAGAUCUGACUCAUCCUCUGUGUCAAAAUGUGCACUCAGUCUGCAUUCAUAAAUUCUUUGUUAGUAUUUUCUUUUUUUUUAUGUUUCUAACUAGCUGGGAAGAGGACUGUCCACUUUGGCUUUGUAUAUAGCAUGGAUAUGGUACUGUGAAGAAAGUGCUGAGAACAUCCAGUUUCUUUGAACUUCUUUGUAAUGCUCUAUCCUGAGUCUCAAUGUCCCCAUUAUGAUACAUGAGGCAGAACAGGGCCAGUUAUUGAAUUUUUAUGGUAGAUGAGCAGAGAGAGCACCCCAGCAGUCAUCCUGAGCACACUCAAAGAAAAGGCCUUUACUUGGAAAAGACAUCACCUCAGCAGCCUCCAUGUUAUGUCAUGUGGUUUUUGAAACUCCCACAUCACUCUGCGUCUGUCCACAAAGGAUGGUAUAAUGUUUGGAGUUUUGUACUGUAAAUGAAUCAAGCUAUCUCGCUCUCCUGGUGAAAAAAUUAAGCAUCUCGAAAUGAUAAUAAAAUCACUCUCCAUACUGAGGUCAGUGAAUCUGCCAGAAUGAUGGAUCAGAAAUAUUAUUUAUGUGAGAUAUUGCAUUAAGUGUGCCAUGUCGUUUCAAGUAGGGAUAUAUGUGAGCCAGUGAACACCAGUGAAGGUACUUCUCUAAAUACUGCUUGUAUGUACUGUACAUAUAGGUUAGCAGAUUUACAAAGCAUCUUAUAAGCAGGGAAGGUGUGAGGACAAAUAAAAAUCCAAAAUAUUUGCCCCCGUAACAGCAUCAAAGUUGAUGUAGCCUGAGGAGCUUUGAGGAGCACAGAAUCAUAUUUAAGGAGGAUUUUCUGAAUGCUUCUUGGAAACGCACCUCACUUGAGGCUCAGUCUUUCUUUUUCUCUAAACUGUCAUUGGAUAAUUCAGAAGCACACAGAAAAGGAAAACAUAUCUUUGAGAAACAGAUAUCCCUUGUAAAGCAACCAGACAUGUAUUGCCUUUUUUUUCUAUCAGUUAUCAAAAGACUAUUCUAUGAAAUGAAUAAUUGAAGAUUUGUGAAUUGUAUUGAUAUUUCUCUGCUAUUUCGAUGUAUCUUGUUACCACUCUUCUUAACACGUUACAUUUUAGAUUGCCUUCUACUUUAAUCUGGACAAAAAGCACAUUAUCCUCUGAUAGCUGCAAAGAUCUUCUGUUUUUGGGUUAUUUACCAUUCAAAUUAUGCAGAGAAAACACAAGGAUGGAGCAAACCAAUGUUUUGUUUUGUUGCAUUGUGCAUUUUAUAUGUGCUGAAUCUGUUACUCAUUGGAUCUGAUGAUAUAAAGCCAUUUCCUCUGUUGAGUUAUUUAUUCAUGCUCUGUGAUUUCCUGUUAUCUUUUUUUUAUGAAAGUGCCAUUCAACAUGAGCUGCUCGGCGCUCAGAAAAUAUACCAUUCCUCACUCAUUGCUAUUGUAUAGUGUUCAUGUGAAAUGAAUCUUAAUAUGUGUACAGAACGUGGAUAAAGAUGAAAAUACACUUGAUUAUAUACUUUGUA